UGUGAUAGUACUACCACUACCAGUCCACAGUGUGUGACAGAUUGGUGCAGACUUCCACUCAGUCUGGGGCGCGGUAGGGGCCAGCAGAAUGCCAGCGAACAAAAAUCAACUUCAAGGCGAUCAGGACUGGCCUAAAUUUCAGCUGAAUGCUUCCCGAUUUAAUCAGGAUAACUUCUUUGGAAGAUAUCGUCAUUUCUUGGAUGUCAUCGAUCCAAGAACCCUCUUUGUCUCCAAGAAGCAACUCGGCGAUGCAGUGACACUCCUAGACCAGUUCAAGAGUGAAAGUUUGCCAGAAGGCAUCACAAAUAAGCAGCUAUGGGAAGCCCAGAAGAUCAAACAGGCAAUUAUCCAUCCGGACACGGGCCAGAAAAUCUUCAUGCCAUUCCGAAUGUCAGGGUUUGUACCGUUCGGUACUCCCACCGUCGUUGGAAUGCUGCUCCCAAACCCAACUCUAGCCUCAACAAUCUUCUGGCAGUGGUUAAAUCAGAGCCAUAAUGCAUGCUUCAACUACGCAAACCGGAAUGCCACAAAGAUGACAUCUACCAGUCGGUUUGUGGUGGGCUACGUAGGAGCUGUUACCAGUGCUUGUACCAUAGCAGGAGGUUUGAGUUUACUACUAAAGCGAGCCACGUCCUUUAGUCCCACUACAAGAAUGGUUGUCCAGAGAUUUGUCCCGUUUCCAGCAGUCGCUACAGCUAAUGUGUGCAAUGUGACCCUGAUGAGGUUCUCAGAGUUAUCCGAAGGGAUCAAUGUUACAGACUCACAGGGGAACGUUGUGGGCAGCUCAAAGAUUGCAGCCAAAAUGGCUUUAACGGAAACUGCUGUGACAAGAAUAUUCAUGCCGGCUCCAAUCCUACUGAUUCCACCAGUUGUAAUGACGUUUAUAGAAAACAAGACUAAUUUUUUGAAGCGUUUUCCAAGGAUGCAUCUCCCGCUUCAGAUUGUAGUGUGCACUGCUACAUUUGCCUUCGCUCUCCCUUUAGCCAUCAGUCUCUUCCCACAGUUCUCAAAGGUUGCUACAUCGAAGCUUGAACCAAACAUCCAAGCAGCCACAUCUGAAGACACGGUUAGCUAUAACAAAGGCCUAUAAAAAGCUUUAAGCCAAUGAUGUCCCUGGACUACUGUUCCCUUCUCUCUGGGUGGUCUUAAGAAGGUUCUUCAUUGGUCCAACCAUUUCAACACAGAAAGCCCAUGGGGCUCCACCGUCCCACCAUGGGUUUUCCUUCCAAGAAUGCGCAAGGAUGAAGAAACUGUUGCUACAGAUACUUUUCAUCAAUGAAGCACCCAAAGACAACGGCAUAAAAUGGGGAAGAUGCAACAUGCACAUCAAUUUGACUUGUAUUUGGUUAAUGUACUUAUCCGCAAUCUUCCAACUGACAUUUCUCUAGAAAGUAUCAAUUCCUAUUCCCCUUUCUAGAGAUAUGUAUCUUUAUGUGAUUUUUAAAUCUAUUUUUGUAUUACUGAUGAUGCGUAUAUAAUCUUGGUUAUGAUUAUGUUUUCAUACUUUGUAAAUUGUGAAUGGCCCAUAGUAUUUUUGAUUACAAUAUUAGCAUUAGGGGCUAAAAAGUAUUUCCAUAAGAUAAAAAGUGUAAUGUAAGGCUUGAUUCAAAACUGGUGUAAACAAUGCUGCCCUUUGAUCUACUUCUCUAGCACUGAAAAUACUGUUCCUAAAAGCUCAAACCAAUAUAUAACUCUAGGAAAUGCCACCAUUUUAAAGAAAACAGUUUGUACAGCUAAUUCAGUUUCUCAACUAUGCAGUGGACACUAUUGGUAAUUACUCAAAAUAAUUAUUGGCACAAAACCUUUCUUGAUUACGAGUAAUGGGGA